AAACCCAAAAUCGUCAAUUAGAUUCCCUUCUCUCUCUCUCUCUCUCUCUCUCUCUGUAGCAGUACGCAUUAUUGCCGAGCCAUUGAUCGGUCGACCGAUCGAUCGUCGAUCGCAAUCUAUACAUACACGCAUAUACAUAUAUAAAACCCUCACUCGUCCGCGCACAGUCGCACGCAUAUACCUGUGCUAGGUUCGGAUCGGUCGGGUGGGGAUUCUCGCCGGAGGUUUCUGUAUCGGAGAGGCAAUCCACCAUGUCGCUGAGGCCUAACGCGAGGACGGAGGUCCGCCGGAACAGGUACAAGGUCGCGGUCGACGCUGAUGAGGGGCGUCGGCGGCGGGAGGACAACCUGGUGGAGAUCCGCAAGAGCAAGCGCGAGGAGAGCUUGCUGAAGAAGCGCCGCGAGGGCCUCCAGGCUCAGCAGUUCCCUAGCCCCGCCGCUGUCCAUGCCGCUAACAUGGAGAAGAAGCUCGAGAGCCUUCCACAAAUGGUUGCUGGUGUAUGGUCAGACAAUGGCACUUUGCAACUGGAAGCGACUACGCAAUUUAGAAAACUGCUUUCAAUUGAGCGGAGUCCUCCCAUUGAGGAGGUUAUCCAGUCUGGUGUUGUUCCUCGGUUCGUUGAGUUCCUAUUAAGAGAAGAUUUUCCACAGCUUCAGUUUGAAGCGGCAUGGGCACUCACGAACAUUGCGUCUGGCACAUCUGAGAACACUAAGGUUGUAAUUGAUUCUGGGGCAGUCCCGAUAUUUGUGAAGCUGCUGGCUUCACCUAGUGAUGAUGUUCGUGAGCAGGCUGUGUGGGCAUUGGGAAAUGUUGCUGGUGACUCACCCAGAUGCCGUGAUCUAGUUCUUAGUCAUGGGGCCUUGAUUCCUUUGCUCGCUCAAUUAAAUGAACAUGCAAAGCUCUCGAUGUUGAGGAAUGCCACAUGGACUCUCUCAAACUUCUGUAGAGGGAAGCCACAGCCUCCAUUUGAGCAGGUGAGACCAGCACUGCCAGCUCUCGAGCGGCUUGUGCAUUCAAAUGAUGAGGAAGUCUUGACCGAUGCCUGUUGGGCACUUUCUUAUCUUUCGGAUGGUACAAACGAUAAAAUUCAAGCUGUAAUUGAGGCUGGUGUCUGUCCUCGAUUGGUUCUGCUCCUUGCUCAUCCUUCUCCUUCUGUUCUCAUUCCUGCCCUUCGCACGGUUGGGAAUAUUGUAACUGGAGAUGAUAUCCAAACCCAGUGUAUAAUUAACAAUGGUGCAUUACCAAGCCUGUUGAGCCUGUUGACAAAUAAUCAUAAGAAGAGCAUCAAGAAAGAAGCAUGUUGGACUAUCUCAAAUAUCACUGCUGGAAACAGGGAUCAGAUACAGGCUGUCAUAGAAGCCGGUCUGAUUGGACCUCUUGUUAAUCUACUUCAAAAUGCUGAGUUUGAUAUAAAGAAGGAGGCUGCAUGGGCAAUAUCCAAUGCCACCUCUGGUGGCACCCAUGAUCAAAUCAAGUUUCUGGCGGGUCAGGGAUGUAUCAAGCCACUGUGUGAUCUCCUCAUUUGCCCUGAUCCAAGGAUCGUGACUGUCUGCCUAGAGGGACUGGAGAACAUCCUGAAGGUUGGGGAGGCAGAGAAGGCCAAGGGAACCACUGGGGAUGUCAAUAUUUAUGCCCAGAUGAUUGAUGAUGCUGAGGGCCUUGAGAAGAUUGAGAAUCUACAGAGUCAUGACAACAAUGAAAUAUAUGAAAAGGCAGUGAAGAUUCUUGAGACUUAUUGGUUGGAGGAGGAGGAUGAGACCUUGCCUCCAGGUGAUAAUGCACAGGGAGGAUUCCAGUUUGGCGGUAGUGAGCUUCCAGUUCCAUCGGGUGGGUUCAACUUCAGUUGAAAGGGGUGAAUAUGAUGAUAUGAAUGGGGCAGUCUCGUGCUGAGGGCAUCUGGUCUGUUUUGGGGGUCAAAGUCCGUCUGGGCCAUUGUCAGGUCCUGGGUCAGUUACGGUCAAGAAGAGGCUCUCGGGGCUCAUCAUAUUGUAUAAGAAUGUCAGAGCUAAGUGGGUGCUCGGUUCAACUGGGUGUCGUCUCUGAGUCUCUGAGAAGUAUUGAAGGGUUUAUUAUUGUCUAAAGCCCCGACCCCUUUUAUACAGACAUCUGGUGGGGGGGUCAAGUUCGAGUCUGGAUAACAUCAGUCUUCUAUUCACUUGCAGAGUCCUUUCUAUAAUUCUACAGGGAGUUCAACUUUUGGUUAUUGUUUCGGUCGAGUCGGUUGUUGUAACUGCUGCCAAGUAUCUUGAUUGUUUAUUUUUAGCCCUUAGUGGGUUGAGUAAUGGAAGUGGAAAUGAGAAAGUUGUAGAGUCGUAUAACCUUUCUUGCA